AUGCCCAAGAAGCACACCCCCUCGUACACGACUGCCAAACCCUCCUACGUCCACCCGUCGCUGCAGAGUUCGCGCUCCCCCGCUUCCUCUUCCACGUCGUCGGAGCCCCAGACCGUCAACCAGCGCAUACAACAGCUGCGUCGCGAACAAGCUCCCAGAGCAACGCCCGAACAGCGAGAUGAGCUCACAUCGGUAGUAAGCAGCCGUACUGUCCCGCCGGAGCUGCGGCGCAUAUUGCACAUACCCGAAGUUAAUGCUCCUAAACCAAAGGCCAACACACGGGCGCGAAGGGUCAUGGGCGGCGUGAGACCGCCCCCAGGUCCUGCCGCACCUACGAGCUGGUUGCAGACGAGUCGCCAUGCGCCAGCAUAUACGAGAAAGAGGAAAGCUGAGGCAGACAAAGGGGCCGUGAGGUUUGGAACGUUGGCCACAGUGACCAACCAAGAAUACAAGCGCCUGCCACCGCCGCGAAGCCUCGUCCACUACUGUCUACGGUCGUUUGCCCAAAAUUGGGAAGAGCUCAUCGAGUACGAACAACACUACAUAACAUCCCUACCGACCUCGCUGAAAGAAGCACUAUUGAGUUAUCUGACAUUAUACGGGGAGAAGGGAAGCCUGGACUUCAAGUCGCUCAGAAUUCUGUUCCAAGAUGAAGAGGGCACUGGUACAACAGGAUGGGAGGAAGUCCAAUUCCUCGAUCUCAGCGGAUUAUUGAGCGAACGCUUCAGGAUCAACGAUAUUGGAAAAUGCGUCAAGCGUCAUAGUGCUAUUACCACUAUGGAUGUUGCGGCCCUUCGCGUCACUGACGAAAUCGCCGAGUCCUGGGAAGAGGAAGUUCGAGAGAGCGUGACAAUUCCCUCAGUACCAGCGAUGAAGCUCCAAACUCCCUUUUUCAACAACUUGAGCCGACUGUCUCUUGCUCAUCCUGGGCAAUGGGCGUCAUGGCCCGAUCUACUUCGCAUCUCGCCGAACCUCAACAAGAUCACGCAUCUCUCCCUCGCUCAUUGGCCCCGUCCCACAAUGACACCAAACGCCAACACCACAUCGAUGGUUUCCCAACAAACAAGUGUUUCACUAGGAGGAUCACACUUCUAUUCCGAUCUCGACGAUGACUGGCAUGAAGCUACUAAUAUCUUACGUCGCUUUUCAAAAGAUACAUACUCGCUACAGUGGCUCGACUUAGAAGGCUGUAACUGGCUUAAAGCCUUGACGUCGCAUCCCGGUCGCACAGCUACGGAUACAAAUACGGAAUGGAACACACAAACUGGAAUUCCUGGUCCAGAUUGGAACGACGCCUGGCGCCGUAUAAUCUACGUGAAUUUCUUCCAAGGCUGGAUCCCAAGCGACAGUCAAAGUCUACAAAAUAUGCCUGCGGGCAUUGUACCAGUGCAAUUACUCCGCUGGCUAAGGGAUAACAAGGACAAGGAAGGUGUCAAAUGGCGUCUGAAUCCACAGGAAACCGGGCAUGCGGUGGCGGAGUGGGUGAAUAGAGAAAAAGUCGCUAGACUUGUUGGCAUGGACAUCCAGGGCAUCCGUAAACGAGGCGAGGGCGCCUGGUGUCGCAUCGACUUUGGAUGGGGAGCUUCUGGCGAGAGGGUGGUCUGA